UGGCGUAAUCAGUGUUUGUGUCAUAUAUGUACAUUGUAAAUAGUUCCGUGUAUAGUUAGUGAUAAUAUAAAUGUGUUUUAAUAGAAUUGUGAAUGUGAAAAUUGUGUAUAAAUAUUAGUGUUUUGUGUUUUCAAACAAUUUUUUACCGUACCGACGCCGACGUUCAAACGUCAAAACAGAUACUAAUACACCAAGUUGAUGAUAAUUUUGCAUAAUAACUAACAAAAGCGAUCCGAUGAAGUGGUUGGGAGGUGGCGGUGACGGAGUCCCAGCAGCGUCUGGGCGAUCGCAAGAUGACGCCGCCGUAGGUUACGUAUUCCAGCGAGCGGCACAGGACCCGCAAGAAUUCCAACAGCAGCAGCCGCAAAUCCAACAGCCUGCGGCCGCAGUACCACAGCAAGCUGUUGCCUACUCCAAACAACCGCGAUGGGCUCUCGCCGACGAACCAAUAAUAGACAAUCAAGAUAAAUGGAAGUACCAACCGCAUCAACUAACAAAUGCUGUGGCAAACAUGACUUUAAAAACAGCCGCACCUCCACCGCCGUUGCCGAUUUUAAAUCACAUUAACCAGCAACAACAGCUGCAACAGCAACAGCAACAUCUACAACAGCAGCAACACUUACAACUGCAACAACAACAUGUCGGUCUCGCUAAUAAUCAUGUAAUGACUCCUUACGGUACGGGCGACCAACAGUCGCAACAGCAGCCGCAACACCUAAAUGGUUCGGCGGCUGGUGUUAAACAGCAGGAACAUCUUGUAUUCCUGGGCGCAGCAGGACAGCAUCCGCAAUUGAACGUUUUUCCGCCGCAACAAACGCAGCAGUACAUGGCCGGACUCGCGCGGAAUGUGAUGGCGCCCUCGGCCAAGAAACUAUGGGAUAACAAGGCGGCUGGCGAUUGCAAGCCGCCGCUGCCGCCUUUGCACCUGCCCGCACCGCACGAACAACUCUGGAGGGACAGCACGUGGUCCACACAAGAAGUGUCACAAGCUAUGAUGUCUUCUCGUCGUGCAUUUCCUGCUCAGAUCGGCAGCAGUGGCGCUGACAAUGCUUCCAUAUUGUCACCACGCGAUUCAACGAGCGGUCUAGGUGUAAAAAUGGUGGAAUAUGUAUUAGGUGGAUCCCCUACGGCCAAAGAGAGCCCAGCUGGUAAUAACGAUGUCAAACAAGAAGCACAAGGGCAAAAUCAGACACAAAAUUCGAGCGCUAAUAAUAAGGACAACAAGGGUGGCAGCCCAUUUGACGUCAAUGGCAAAAAGGAAGAUUGUUGCCUGCAGCAAAAUGGACAAGUCAACGGAGUUGAUGAUGAUAAAGGAUUCAAGUAA